GCAGCCCAGCCCUGGGGCUCAGGUGCUCUUUCUGCCGGCCUCCUUCCCUGAGCAGUGCUUUUCAGACUGCCCUCUGUCCAGUCUGGCUCAGCUUGGGUCACAGCCUCAAUCAAGGGAUGCCAGGUCUCGGAUUUUGAUGUCAGCGAUGGAAAACCUGGUCAAUGCUUCCUGGUUGCACCAGCAGGAGCUGGGAGAGCCCUGGAGGAAGCACCUGAACAGCACGGAGGACUAUCUGGCCUACCUGUGUGGCCCAAGGCGCAGCCACCUGUUUCUCCCCGUGACUGUGGUGUACGCUCUGAUUUUUGUGGUGGGGGUCAUAGGCAAUCUCCUAGUGUGCCUGGUGAUUCUUCGGGACCAGAUGAUGAAGACACCAACCAACUACUACCUGUUUAGCCUGGCCGUCUCGGACCUCCUGGUCCUGCUCCUGGGAAUGCCCCUGGAAGUCUACGAAAUGUGGCACAACUACCCCUUCCUCUUCGGGCCUGUGGGCUGCUACUUCAAGACUGCGCUCUUUGAGACCGUGUGCUUCGCCUCCAUCCUCAGCGUCACCACCGUCAGCGUGGAGCGCUACGUGGCCAUCCUCUACCCCUUCCGUGCCAAGCUGGAGAGCACGCGGCAGCGGGCCCUCUGCAUCCUGGCCGUAGUCUGGGGCUUCUCCAUCCUCUUCUCUCUGCCCAAUGCAAGCGUCCACGGCAUCAAGCUCCACUACUUCCCCAAUGGGUCCUUAGUCCCCGGCUCUGCCACCUGUACAGUCAUCAAGCCCAUGUGGAUCUACAACUCCAUCAUCCAGGUCACCGCCCUCGUCUUCUACCUCCUGCCCAUGACGCUCAUCAGUGUCCUCUACUACCUCAUGGGGCUCCAACUGAGGAAAGAUGAAUCCCUUGAGGCAGAUGAAGUGACUGCAAAUAUUCAGAGACCUUCCAGAAAAUCAGUAACAAAGAUGCUGUUCGUGUUGGUCUUAGUGUUCGGCAUUUGCUGGACGCCAUUCCACAUCGAUCGACUCUUCUUCAGCUUUGUGGAGGAGUGGACGGAGCCCCUGGCUGCUGUGUUUAACCUCAUCCACGUGAUAUCAGGUGUAUUCUUCUACCUGAGUUCUGCUGUCAACCCCAUUAUCUAUAACCUACUGUCUCGCCGCUUCCAGGCAGCGUUCCGGAACGUGAUCUCUCCUCCCUGCAAACGCUGCCACUCCCAGGAUCACCCACAAGGACCAGGAGCCCCACGGAACAUCUUCCUCACAGACUGCCACCUCGUGGAGCUGACUGAAGACGCAGGUCCCCAGGUCCAGGGACAGCCAUCCACCUGCAACUCUCCCCUGUCCACAGCCGUUUCCACAGGACAGGCGCCAUGAAAGAGCUCAUCCUCUUUGCAAGGACUAAUUCCUAACUGCCUCCCAGCCACUCACUAGCUCAGGAGGACAACACGCCUGGCCAAGGCAGUGCCCAUAUGGUGAGCAGGUUCCACUCAAAGAAGAUCUGACCUGAGUCAUCUAUCCUGAGUGGAGUUGUCAUCUCUGACAACCAAUGGCCACUGUGAGCCACAGCAGGGGCGCUGCUCUGCUCUUUAUAAUCUGAGAAGUCCAUAUCAGUGUCCCAGUGCAGCCAUCCAUCUAACCUGCUGUGCCCCACAGUAUAACACGAUUGCUGAGUGCAUCCUUAAGCCUUUUACCCUACCUGCUCCCUUGAUAGCCUGUGAAUUAUUACCACCACUCGAGUCCCCAUUGUCAUUAGCAGUCAUUUCUCAUCAGGAGCCAGAUCAGAUACAAAUUCAGCCUAGAGUAGAACAGGAAGAAAAGAAGCUGAGAUGGUGGGUGGAAAGAGAUUCAAACUACACCAAACAAAACCCAGCCCUUCUCAUGACGAGAUCCUGAUGUAGUUUCCAGCAUCUUAUUUCAUAUACAGACAGAAGCGUGGUCUAUUAUGUUGGAACAAAGACAAAUGAACUGGCAACCACACAUCUGAAACCACUGACUUCACCUGUUCGGUCAUUCAUCACCUGUGGAAUGUUCCUCAUGUAUAUAAUCCGAGCAAAAUCUACUUCUCAGAGUCAGCUGCCUUCACACCAUCACAAGUAACUUACUUGCAUUCCAUUCAGCUAGGACUGGCUGCUCCUCUCUGAAAACACAGGCCCUGCUGUUCCCCACCUGUGUACCUCACACACAGAAUGCUUUUGUUCACCCCUAGUCUCCAUCUGUUUGUAUCCAACCAAUCUGCAGUGUCUCCGUACGGUAGGGUCAUUCCUGAUUUAUUCCAAGAAAUAUCUCGAAUUUUUCUUUUUCUCAAGCAUUUCCUCCCCUCUGCUUUGUAUUUUAGUGAUUCAUAUGCUCGCUUUUCCAAACUGUAAUUUUUUUUUUUUUGCAAAGGCAGGAAGGAGCUUGUGGUUUAUUGAUUUGUUUGUUUAUUUGGUGGCACUAUAUCUGUCACAAAACUGAGCAGGCCUCACAUUCCAAUGUAUUUUAACCGAACAACAGUUCUGAACAGAACCACGUUAAAAGUCAAAAGACUGGGUUGGGUAUGGUGGCACAUGCUUGUAAUGUCAGCACUCAAGAGGCUGAGGCAGGAGGAUCAUUGCAAGUUCGAGACCAGCCUGGAUUCAAAACGAACUCUAGUCCAGCCUGAAUUGUAUAACAAAACCCUGUCUCGAAAAGACAAAAAAAAGUCAAAAGACUAAGAUUAUGUCUCUGUUAGAGAUGUAUGACCAACAGUACGUCAUUUAGUUGUGUGAUUAUAAUUGCAUGCCUACUCUUUCUGUGAAGCAUGGAGCUACCUGACACUGAAACUUGCAAGUUCUAGCCUUUAAUUUCUAAAUUUCUAAAUUUUCCAUGAGUUGAAUGAAUGAAACAUUGAUAAAUAAUGUUAUUGGUAUCUUCCAUCCUCAUUUACUAACAUAUUAAUCAUAAUCAAAGUACAUCAACGUUAAAAACAAAACCUCUUUGUUGAUUACAAGCCAACUGGAACAAAACAGCAUUCUCCAGUGAUGCGUUGCAUCAGGGAACAUAAUUCUCUAGUCAUUUCAAAAUUAAGUUGAAAAGCUCUCAGUUUUCCAUAUUUGCUAUGAUGGUGGCAAUAGGUUCAUCAUAAAAGGCUUCCGUGAGACUGAGAUAAGGUCUUGCCAUGCCUAUUCUCUGCAGCACUUUUAUUUGGAAAGGAAGCUGGGGCUUUCAA